AUGGCUCCCAUCACCAAGACUCUCGCCCUUGCUGGCGCUUUCUUUGCCUUGACUGGCUACUCAGCUCCCGUCGCCAAACGCGCCGUCGUUUGGGAGACUGUCACUGAUAUCGUCUGGACCACCGUCGAUGUCACCACUACCGUCUACCCUCAGACCACUCAGACCACUACUGUCGUCCCUGUGGUCGCCAGCGCCGUCCCUACCACUACCGCUGCGCCCUUCGUUGAGGCCUCUACCACGGAGGCGGAGAAGGCUGCGCCUGCCUUCGCCUCCUCCACCACGACCUCUUCCACGACCUCCUUCUCAACUUCUAGCACCACCUCCUUCACUCCUAUCCCCAGCACCAUCUCGACCACUACCGCUGCCGCUGUCCCUUCUGUUGAGGCUCCUAUCAAGGAGAAGGCUGUGUCUACCACCACCUCCUCCACCACCACCUCCUCCUCCACCACCACCUCCUCCACCACCACUGUUGCUCCCACUGCUCCCGCUGCUCCCGCCGUAGAGACCGAGACUUCUUCCGCUCCCGCUCCCGUCACAGAGUCUCAGACCUCUUCCACUGCUGCCCCUGCUGCUGCCCCUGCUGCUACCCGUUCCGCUACCACCGAGACUACCAGCAGCGGCAGCACCGGCGUUUGCUCCGAGAGCUCCCCUUGCGACGGUGACAUCACCUUUUACGACACUGCCACCACUGUUACCAACCCCAGCUCCUGCGGCACCACUAACGACGGUACCGUCGAGAACGUUCUAGCCCUACCCCACGGUAUCAUGACCGACAGUGACUGCGGCAAGACCGUCACCAUCACAUACAAGGGCCAGACUGCCACUGGUAUCGUGGUCGACAAGUGCAUGGGUUGCGACAACGAAUCCGUUGAUCUGUCCCGUCAUCUCUUCGGCGAGCUGGCCCCCAUGGACAAGGGCCGUGUCGCUGGUGUCAAGUGGUACAUCAACUAA